CACAUAAUAUUUUAAGUACUAUAUUAAGAAAUAAAAUUAGUUUGUCUUCUUAAACUCAAGGGUCGUUGUUGGAUGCUUUUUACACUAUUAUCUUAAUUUUAAAAUUCUCUUUUUAUUUUUGUGAUACACUUUUAUUAGCUAGCCACCAAAUAACCAAAAUAUCACGAUAUAUAUAAAUUUAUUCAAAAUAAUUUCUAUUAUAUUUUAUAUAUUCCAAAACUUUUCAUUUUUUUUUAUAAAUUUUGUGUCUAGUCAACAUGAAUACAUAUAACUUUUUCAGUAAGUUUUAUUAAAUACGAUUAUAUAGAUCAAAAAAGAAAUUUUUUAUUAAAUUUUAUUUCAGUUCAAAAUAGCGUAAUUUAAAAUAAUAUUGAAAUUAGCCAUGGGACUAUAAUAACUAGUGCUUAUAUAUAGAUGUAGUAGAGUACCAUUUUAGUGAUGUUAAUAGGGAAAUAUUUUUAUCAACCACCUCCCCUUGGACUUUGAUACACUUAAAUCUCCUCUUUCUUUUCAUUUCUCUUCAAAAUGAGUAACAACAACAGCUUGAGCAUGGUGGAAUCCAAAUUACCACCAGGAUUUAGAUUCCAUCCAAGAGAUGAAGAACUUAUUUGUGAUUACUUAAUGAAGAAAGUUGAUCAACAAUCCGAAUAUCAACAACAAUACCCUCUUCUCAUAGAAGUUGACCUCAAUAAAUCUGAACCAUGGGAAAUUCCUGAAGUGGCAUGUGUUGGAGGGAAGGAGUGGUACUUCUACAGCCAACGUGACCGAAAAUACGCGACGGGGCUCCGAACAAACAGAGCCACCGUAUCUGGUUACUGGAAAGCCACCGGAAAAGAUCGUGCAAUCAUCAGAAAAGGAAGUCUAGUAGGAAUGAGAAAAACCCUAGUUUUCUAUCAAGGGAGAGCCCCAAAAGGAAGAAAAAGUGACUGGGUUAUGCAUGAAUUCCGCCUAGAACUUCCCAUUCGUCCUCAAAUUUCUUCUAUCAAGGAGGAUUGGGUAUUAUGCCGAGUAUUUCACAAGAAGAAGGAAUUACUUGCUACAAAGCAAGAAAUUGGAAGCAACAAUAUAUACUACGAUAACGAUACAAUAAGUUGUUCAUCUCUACCACCAUUAAUGGAUCCUUACAUUACUUUCGACCAAACAAACCCUAACAACAAUAAUAUGAAUAUGAAUGAAUUAUAUUAUGAGCAAGUGCCCUGCUUCUCCAUUUUCACCCCUAACCAAACUUUCACUUCCCAUAGCCACCACCUCCCCUCCGCCACAACCGCCAUCGGAUCUACCGCAUACGGUGGUUUUCCAGCUGAUAUUGGAAAUUACCUAAAUGCCACUGCAACAUCCUCUACGUGUGAUAAUAACAAAGUAAUUAGAGCUGUUUUAAGUCAUUUGAGUACCAAGAAUAAUAUUAUUAUGGAAGGUAAUAAUAGCAAUAACAACAAUAUUAUCAAUCCUGCCCAAAAUAUAAAAGGAGGAAAUUCACCUAGCUUUGGUGAAGGAAGUUCUGAAACUAGCUUUUUAUCUGAGGUGGGAUAUCCUACAAUGUGGAACAAUUAUUGAUUUUUGAGAGAAAAUAUUCUACUUAGAUGUGUGAUAUAAUAUAUGACAAGUCUUGUUUUAGUUGCUAGUAUUAUAUUGUAAUCUUAGAAUAUAUAUAUAUAACUAUACUAGCUAGAUUAAUUUCCAAUGCAUGUAAUUCCAAUAAUGAUACUUUCCUAGUGGUUAAUGUAUAUAAUUGUCUCCUAGAUAGAUUGGAAUUCUCCGUA